CGCACGCACGCACGCACGCACGCAACCUAACUGUAUCUACCUGCCCGCUACGGACUUUCGUCUCGUCUGCCUGCCCUAGCGGAACAAAUCUAACAACAGGUCCGAUCUUAACGAGUCCCGUCACAGAUCCCCAGAUUUGCCUGCCCUCGCGCGUUCACGCCCACGUCACGCCCACGCCCUCCGCCCUCCGCCCACGCUUGCCCAGCCCUGCCAGCUGUGUGCUAGCUUUUGCGACAGCCUGUCGUGAGCCAUGUACGCCGGCAACUAUGGGUAUCCCAAUAAUCCUGCUGGCUCACCACAAUACAAUGGCGCCCCACCCCCGGGCUCCCAGCAGAACUCUGCCAUGCAGCCUGGGACGGCUUCCAACCAGAUGAUGUAUAAUGCUCAGCAGUUUCCCAUGGGCGCCCAGCCUGGUACUGCCUUCCCCGGCAAUCCUAAUAUGAUGGCUGGUGUAGCUCCUCCCGGUAUGAUGCAGAACACCGGCAUGCCGCACAUGGCCAAUGCCAAUGGCCAAAUGCCUAAUUUUCAACCUCCGUACUCGAACUCCGCCUACGGCGCUGGCGUCCCAAGCUCCGUCCCACCUCAAAUGAAUAUGCCUCCCAAUUACGCGAUGGGGACUGGCAUGCCCAUGGCCGGUUUCCCUAUGCAGCAAGGCAUGAAUCCGCAACAGCAGCAGCAAAUGAUGCAGCGUAUGCAAGUGUCUCAGCCCAACCCCAAUAUGUCAACGCCUACACCUCAACGGAACUUCCAAGGCCAACCUCCACAAGGAACACCGACUCCAGGCAACGGACAACCUCUGCAGCAGCCUCAGUUUCCUGGGCCGCCAAAUGUACAAGGACCGCAUCACGGGCAGCCAGUAAACAAUACCCCACAGCAGCAGCAACACCAACACCAACCAAUGCCUCCAUCGCAAACACCAGUGCAAACACCGACCUCGAACAAUAUCCAGACACCCCAGACACCAACCUUUCCUCCUCAUGCCCAAGGUGGGGGUCCCAAUGGCAUGUCAUCAGCGUCCACCCCUUUAAGCCCUGGGGCGGACCCUAAGGAUAAAGAGCGGGUGGGUGUGAUUUUGGAAAUCAACAAUGAACUACUACUCGAAGCUGUGCAGAUUCAAAGUACUCAGCACAUCAUUAAGAAGGAACGUGCGGCUAUGAACGGUACCGAGGGCCACGUAAUAGAUGGGGAUAAGAAGUCUGCGGAAGAGGAGCAGCUUGCACAGGAUUACAUUCAUUGUAUGCGUAGACUUCAAACAAAUCUGGCGUAUUUGGCAGGUCUUGCCGAUAAGGAAAGAAAGCCUACCCAGCCAUCUCAACAGUUUCCUGCAUACCUGAAACCACCACCAUUGAACGCGAGUAUCAAGCUGAGGCAGGUCCAAACUCAGGAAGGUGGCGAAGUCAAGACAGAUAUGAUAGAUCGAGAGGAGACGAUAAAAUAUAUUGGGGAGCUAUAUAAGAAGCUUCAAGCUCUUUUUCCUGAAAUGGACCCAAACAAAGAGCCGGGCGCUCGGCCGACAGCUCAAGCGAUCAACUCGACACAGUCUGGCUCCCAAACGCCAGGUCAAGCCAGUCCAGUUCCAGGAAAGCAGUCGACACCAAUCAUGACAACUUCUGCACCACCACAGCUUAUGAAUACUGGUGUACCUGCUCCAUAAGAUCUUUGCAAUGGGUGUAUCAAAAUGACUUGUCUUUGAUGCCUGAGGUGUUUGUCUGUAUAAGAAAAGUAUAAUUUCGACAUCUCUUAGCGGAUCUGAAAAAAAAAAAAUACCGGGUUCGCCCUGAGCGACAGUUGCUCCCCUUGUAUAAAGACUGUGGUGGUGGUCUGCAAAGAUCGGUAUAUGAGUGACGUUUUUGGACUUUACCCCAGGCGUUAUUGGAGUUAUUUUGCCUGGGAGACGGGGAGGUUUUCUGUAGACACAAAAUAUAUAUUCGACUGGCGCGUUGCAAUAGGUAAUACCCAAAGACUUGCCAUUGGGCGAAUGUUAGUGUCUAUCAUUGUACCUGAUCGAUCACCUGGAACUUCUGACACUGGGCAAUCGUAACUACAACUGUGCGUCUAUGUAUCGACUAGUUAAUACCUCUCUCUACAGACUACUCCCAGCUACACAUAGUUACACUGAAGCUGGUGCCUAUCAAGUAAUACAUUCGCUCUAGUCACUGGGUAGCUAAUAAUCAUGUAACAGCGUCUCGUGAGCGUUGGUAAUACCUAGUCUUAUCGAGGGUCACUCUUCGCCGCAAGGAAAUAGCAGACUGGAAGAAAUACCAAGGAAUAGCAUUGAAAUAAAGAGACACCGCAUUUAGA